AGAUAAAUAGAAAAUUUUUGAAUCCUUCACACAGUCCGAAAAUAAAUAAUAGUCUAAUAUAAUAUAACCAAAUCACCAAAAAAAGUCAUUUGAAUUUACUUAAUUUGAAAAUGUACAUCGGUUUGUACAUGAUAAAAAUAUGUUAAACUAAUUUAUAUGAUUUGAUUAUUUUCGGGGGAAAGGGGUAAAUUACGUCAGUUUCCAACAUUUUAAUCACGUGCGUCUGAAAAUGAAGUACAUUUUCAGUGCAUAAAUCAAUCAAUCAUACAUUCAAUAGCAGAAAAAUGAAUCGAUGAGGCUAAAAUCAACAGUCACACAGAAUGUAAAAAAAAACAACGUGAAUAAAUGACUGAAUCCCAUAUCAAUAAUUCGGCAUAACAAUUAUUAAAUAAUAAUUAUUAAACUUGAUGCAUGAAUAGGCCAAAUGGCGUGUAUUUUAAUAUCAACGCCAUCUUGUGGAAUUAUUAGAACACGUGUGUGACUCAUACUUAGCAUUGUAGAUGCAUUUAACUGAACAAAAAAAAAAAAACAAGUUUAGACUUUUUUACAGUUGCAGUUUAAGUGAGACCACGCCCACGCGUUUUUUUUCAGUGUAUGUGUGUGUGGCGGGGGGUUGCUACCAAGGUCAUUGACAAAUUCACCUUCAGCUGUGCGUGAUUGUGCGCGACAGCCAAUGAGCGUUGGAGGCCGAAGACCUCCACCAUUGGCAAAACGCGUGGAGCUCAGCCCGGCCGCACCACACGCUCGAUCUUUCAGGCCGAGGCCGGAGCUGGUGCCGCAAGAGCCGGCCUUUCAUGGACUAGUUCGCAGCCCUCUUUAGGCGGUUAUGUUGGCCCGAAUCACCCUUUGCCCCAACUCCAUUGGACUUUUGACCAAGAGCUUGUAGGUGUCGUCUUCAUUAAGGUAAGUGAACUGUUUUAGUGCCAAGAUGUCCGAAAGAUCCCACAGUCCAGGUUCGGAGUGUCAAACCCGCCCGUAUGACUUCAGCCGGGCUUGCACGCAGAAUUUGGGCCAAGACGGCCUCGGGGCUUCGUCCUUCCCCCAGCUCCCCCUGCCAGAAGCGGGUGUUCUCUACAAGCAGCCCGCCUACGGUGGCCUGCCGUCGGCCGCCGCGCAGAGCUUCUUCCCCUUCCCGUCGUUGGGCGCCGGUGACUACCGGGGCUCCGAGCUCCAGGCCGGGGAGUUCGGCCAGCCCAAACACUGGUAUCCGUUCGCCGCACACGAGUACACCGGGCAGGUACCCGGGGUAACCGCGGCCACGCAGCCCACCAACCUGAGUCCCCCCAUAGCCGAGACCCGGGAGCAAAUUAAGCUCCCCGAUAUCAAGACGGAGAAAGACACCGGGGACGACUACCCGAGCGAGGUGAAGCUCCAGCAGUACCCGCCGCCCUCCGCCGCAAUGCCCCCCCACGGAGUCUUCUACUCCAGCCCCUGGACCCCGACCUUCUGGCCGGGUAUCAGCCACCUGACGCCGCCCGGCAGCGGAGGAAGCAGCAACCAGAAUCCGUCGACGUCUUCGGCGUCGUCGCCGUCCAUGUCCCCCUCGCCGCCCAGCAACGGCGUGCCGGCGAACGCCUUCUUCGGCGUCAACCCCGGCCAGGGGGCCCCCGGGCCUCAGGGCCAGAACCCGGCCUCGUCUACUCGGAGCAGCGGCUCGUCCAGCGGCGGUUGUAGUGACUCGGAAGAGGAAAACCUUUCCACUGAAGAAUUGGAGCAGUUUGCCAAAGAACUUAAACACAAACGCAUCACUUUGGGUUUCACUCAGGCUGAUGUCGGCCUUGCUUUGGGUAACCUUUAUGGUAAGAUGUUCAGCCAGACGACCAUUUGCCGCUUUGAGGCCCUCCAGUUGAGCUUCAAGAACAUGUGCAAGCUGAAGCCCCUCCUCCAGAGAUGGCUGAAUGAGGCCGAAACGUCGGAAAAUCCCCAGGAUAUGUACAAGAUCGAGCGGGUUUUUGUGGACACCAGGAAGAGGAAGAGGAGGACCAGCCUGGAGGGCGCCGUUCGCUCUGCUCUGGAGUCUUACUUUGUCAAGUGUCCCAAACCCAACACUCAAGAGAUCACGCACAUCUCUGAUGAUUUGGGCCUGGAGAGAGAUGUGGUCAGAGUGUGGUUCUGUAACCGUAGACAGAAGGGCAAGCGUCUGGCUCUGCCGCUGGACGAAGAGUGUGACGGCCAGUACUACGAGCAGAGCCCGUCUCCUCUCAACAUGGUCGCCUCCCCCAUCCCCGGCCAGGGCUACCCUCCCCCGGCCAGCUUCCCCGGAGCCCCGCCGCCGACGCUUUACAUGCCGCCUCUUCAUCGGCCGGAUGUCCUGAAGCAAGCGCUGCACCCUGGACUGGUCGGUCACCUGACUGGAUAAGAGGCUGCAGCACCACCGACGAACCACUCUGUCCAAACUUGUCCUUGGGGGACAGUUCAAGGUUCAACCCAUCACUGCAGUUGUGUGCCACUAAUCGCUCCACACCAAGAACUUGGGAAGUGUUUUGCUAAUGCAUGGAACUUAUUCAGUAGGCCAGAUUACCAAAGUGCAUUUGAACUCGAGGCAGCAUGUAGUGUUUUUGUCGUGCAGGUGAUUGAUAAUUGUUCCUGAGUCGAGAAAAAUAUUUGACAGUUAAUGAGGGGGGCUGUGGUUCAAGUAGUGUUCUACUUUCUGGAUUCAGGUGUUUUGAUGUAAAAAGACUGUGUGUGUGUGUGUGCGUGGUGGUGGGGGGGGGCGGACGGACUCAAAUCUUGGUACAUCACAAUGAAAGCAAUAUUUUACUUCUGUAAAAAGUGCCUUUUUUAAAAAUUGUAUACUUAAUCAUCUCUAGUGGUUGUUUCUUUGACAUCUAUUGCUGUUUUUUUAAGAGAUUGGAUGCAAUAUUUUGAGGAUUUUGAUGACAAAAUGGUCCUUGCUGCUAAUUUUCUCUGCUUUUAUUGCACAAAUUCAACAUUUUAUCUCCGGAGGUCUAUCCUUUACUUGACUAUUUUCUAAUAACAGUCAAGAUUUGAUAUAUUUGGCAUACUUGUACUUUUUACACCACUGGUAUCUUGAGCAAAUGAAAGUUGCAUACAUCCUUUUUAGAAUAAUUUGUCUCCUUUUUAGAAUAAUUUGUCUACCCUGUUUUGAGCAUUUUAAAAUGUGUACCUUCAGUAGACCAGUUUUAUAAGUCAACCUUGAUAUGAAACAAUCUAUCAUAAUGUAAAUGGGUUAUUUAUUUAAAGGUUGGCCUUUUGACUCAGCAUUCAUGUAUUUUCAAAUUAAAUUUCAGAUUUUUUUUCCCCCCGUUUUUUUUUUUUGGGUGAUUUAAAUGCUAUGAAUUGUUUUUCCACCAAGUAAAUGUUUCUGCAGCUGUCAAUUUGUUUGUGUGCAAGUGUGGGUGUGACUUGGGUCACUUUUGUUAGUAACAACAGUGCUUGAGAUAGUAUUUUGAUCCACUACCAAUUGUUUAGAAUUUUUUUUUUUUUUUACAUUAUGUAAAUCGUUCUCUCUCGCUCAUAUGUGUAUAUAUAGUGUGUACUGUAUAAACUCAGUCCAGUUUCUAUCGAUUCAAUGUCCUGUGAAUACUGCAUCGUAUUCACAGGACAUUGAAUCGAUAGAAACUGGACUGUUCUGGUUUUCUAUCAAUUCCCCGAUAAUACAACGACCUGGAUGAAUGAGAAUAUUAGUAGUUAAUAUACAUACUCCAUGGGUCCAAAACACAUUGAACAGGCUUCAACCCAAUGUGAAGAUUGGAAACAAGUCAAAUGUUUAUCAGCUUGAACAGAACACAUUUCGUCAAAUUUGGCAAAUGUUGCAUAAAUGCAAAACCUUUUAUCAGUAGCCUGCAAAACACUGCUGCAUAACUAAUUCAUGAAGAUGACCUCACAGU